AUAAUAAUAAAUAUAAUAAUCCUUAUCUGUGUGCCACCGUGAUGAAUAUUAUUAGUUCUUUUAAUAUAUUUAGAUUCAAUUUAUUCCGUGGUUGUUUUUGGGAUUGGUUUGACAUUUUUUAUAAUAUCUAGCGAUUGUUAUUUAUUUUUCCAUCCAUCAACCGUUUACAACUACUGUCAACUACACUAUACGACUAUUAUAAUAUAAUCUGUGCUACUACAAUACUACUACAGUACAAACAUUUAAUUUAUUCCGCGGUACAAUUUAGUGUACCAUACUACAACGGGUUUAGACGCUAUUCGAUUGUAUUGGUACAUAAUUUUGGAAUUGGGAUCAUUAGUAUUUAAUUACAAUGAAUAUUUCAUCAUUUUCAGAAAAAGAUUUUAGUGUUGUAGAUUGGAUUAAUAAUACAUUAAAGGAUAAACCCCCAGAUCAAUGUCGUGAGGCAAUCCCAUCUAUGUUGAAAAAGUUACAAUUAUGUGUAGAACAGGUACAUGAGGUACUUGAUGAAACAACAAUACAAGUUCUUUCUUCUCUACCAAAAGUUGUCAAUGACAUUGAGCAAUUUGAAAAUCAAGCUUCAAAUAUCCAACAAAAAAUUAUUGAUUUAAAACAAGAAAUCAAUACAGUAAAAAGUAACACUGGUGAAUCAUUAUUGAAACUUCAAUUGUAUGAUGGAAUCAAAUGUAAUAUGGAAGUUACCAAAAAUGCUUUGGAAGAAGCGGAUAAUUGGACCAAACUUAUUACUGAUAUUGAGAUUUUAAUGGAUAAUGGAGAAAUAGACCAAGUAACAAAUAGGUUGAUUAGAAUGCAACGUUCUUUAGCAGUCUUGGAAAAUAAUUCUGAUUAUGAAGAAAGAAAAAAUCAGUUAGAAGAGCUAAAAAGUAAAUUUGAAGUAAUAUUGAUUCCAAUGGUUAAUGUGGCUUUUGAAAAUGAAAAAAUUGAUGAAUCAAAGCAUUAUGUAACUAUAUUUACCAAUCUAGAAAAACAUGAUCAGAUUAUUAAAUAUUAUUUAAAGUGUAAUAAAAACAGAUUACGUAAAGAGUGGUCGUCAAAAAUGUAUGCCAAUGAGUAUUCUAAAAAUCCUUUAAUGUUUUUUGAAGCAUUUUAUGAAGCAUUAAUAGAAUGUAAAAAGCAGCAGAUGAUUUUGUACAAAAAAUUAUUUACUAGUGAAGUACAACUUGAAAUAGAAUGUCAAUUAAUUUUAUCAUAUGGAGAUUUGUUUAAUAUAUUAGAACUUCCAAUGUUUGAAUUGGUCGACGUUUCUAUCAAAAACCAUCAAGAACCACUUAUUUUAAUAUUAGAUUUAUUUUUGGCUACUGACGUAUUUAUUAAAAAUAUUAAAAAUGAUUCAAAAAUUGGUGAUUCAUUCAAUUGGGAUAACAUAUUAACAAGUAUAUACAGACCAUUGAUUCCACAAAUUGUUUCUUACAAAGAAUUUGAAUAUGAGCAUUCCAAAAAAAUCACCAAUUUUGCAUUAAAUAAAGAUGAUUUAGUAGAUGUAGUUCAAGCUUUUGGUCAGGCUCAGUUAACUGUUUUUAGAGCAUCAGAAGAAGCAAAACGUCGAAGUGCUGUUUUUAGCCACUGUGUUUUUCCUGAAAUGAUCUUUGCUAUUAAUAGGAUAUUUUCUAACGUUAUUGAAGGAGGGAAAGAAGUAUUAAAAAAAAUAUUAGUUAACAUGAAACCCGGAGAAAACUGGAAUUUAUUUCAAAUAUGUUUAAAGUUUUUACAAUCUUCUGGAGAAUUUUUACGAGAAUUAUAUUUUAUAGAAUCCGAAUUUAAAAGUUGCAUUUUAACAAAUGAACAACGAGCAUUAAAUGUUUCAAAAUAUUUAUUAGUUGAAGAUAGGCAAAUUGAAUUGAAAAAUGUUAUUGAUUUAUUAAAAAGUGAUAGUGAUUGGAAAUUGUUUAAAGAAUCAAUUCAAGCCACAGAAAAAUUGUGUUCUCAUAUAUAUCAAACAUUUUAUAAAAUAUCAUUUAAGCCAAUAUCGUUUUACUUAGAGCAACUGGAAAAAGUAAAAUUUAAUAAGGAAACAUCUGAUGCUCAUAGACUUUCUCCUAGAGAAUAUAUUACCCAAAUUGGACAGUAUUUAAUAACACUUCCACAGCAUGUUGAACCAUUUUUAGUUCGGGAUAAUGAAGCAGUAACUGUAGUUUUAAGUUUAUCCGAUAGACGUUACACAGAUGCUUCUCUGGAAGAAAGUUUUACAAAUGUCUUAUUAAGGAUACUAGCAAGAAAUACAUGUGAUGUAUAUGUAGAACAGAUACAGUCACUAAGAGAAAUAAAUAAUUUGGCUGCUCAACAACUAGCUGCAGAUAUUGAAUACUUGGGAUAUGUAUUAGAAGAACUUGGAGUAAAACUCAAUGACACUACUACCCAAAUCAUGAAUUUAUUAAGACUAGAAAGUGAUGAAUACAUAAUGAAAUCAUCAUCAGUUGCUGCUUCAAAAGUAGCGGCAGUGAUAGCAAAAAUUAGAAAUAUUAGAUAAAAAAAAAUGUAGUAUGCAAUUUAUUUAAUACU